AUGACGCCCACCCCGGCGCUUACCCUCUUCGGCAGCUUACCACCCGAGGUCAUCCAGGAGAUCAUGAAGCAGCUCAACCUGGAGAGCCUCACCCGGCUAACGAUGACAUCCCGCCAUUUCCUGGCCGUCUUCAAGGACGCGGAGGGCGUCAUCCUCCACGGCAUCCUCGCGCGCGACAUCGGUCCUGCCGUCAUGCCAGCCGCCAUGAUCCGGUACGCCGCGUCGCAACCAAGCCUCAGAGCCGGCGUCCUCGCGAAGAUCCCAACCGACGACGACCGCCCCGCAAGCUACACCCUCUGGCAGGGCGAUUGGGACAACACGCGGUGGCUGGACCUGCGGAGAUACCACACGAGGACAUACAGUCUGAAGCAGUGUCUCACGUUCCACACCGCCAGGGCGAUUCGGCGUUUCCACGAACUCGUGUACGACAGACUCGAUGACGUAGAGUUUGCACCUUCACGCCCCAGCGGCGUAUUCGGUGAUGAGGAAAUGACGCGUAUGAAGAUUUCGAUGUACCUGGACGGCGAGGCUGAUGUUUGGGGACGACGGGGACUGGGUGGUGGUCAGGGAAAGGGACACCAACUGUGGCGUAUGACGGACGAAAUGAUCGACUCUCGUCCCCCUUUUCAGAUUUUCCAAAGGUUUUGA